AUGGAGAGCCCGCCCAAAAUAGCUACACGCCCACCGAGUGGAAUUCCACGACCGGUCUCGAGAUUGCCCUUGCCCACCACCACCGCGUCGAAGUCGAUCCGCCCCUCACCGUCACGAGAUCGCCUACAAGCCGAUCCUGGUCUUGACCAUAGCCGCCUACGACGACCCUCGUACGAAUCGCUCCUCAAACCACCUUCGCGUUAUUCAUCCCCAUCGAAAACCCGUGACGCGGUAUCCCCUGCGCCAAACUCACCCGCCGGCCGAUUAGAUGGAAACGACAAGCUAGAAGAUGCGAGCUUGGUGGGGGAUGAAGAUGGCCAAGAAGCUCGCGGCCGUGUUCGACAGAUUCACCCAUCGCUAUCAGACCGAACAGUCGAGACGAUAUCGGCUAUUCCCCCAUCUCCGGCAUCAGUGAGACGACAGUCUAGUUUCUUCAAUGAAUCCAGCCCGAUGCGCUCUCCCUCCAAAACACCAUCGAAUGUCUCCAAUUACUCCAGAUCACCGUCGCGAUCAUCCUCAGGCCAGACGGAAGGAAACGAGUUCCUAUCACAACCUGUAUCCAAGCUCCGCUUGCCGUCUCGGAACCGCCUCUCGAUCGCAUCAUCUACACCCCUGUCACCAAACAAGACCUCGGCUGCCGUUGAAAGUCCGUCAAGAAUGAAGGCUCCAUCGACGAGACACAGCAUGGCAUUUGGCGGUGACCAUCCUUGGCACGACCCUCCGCAGGAAAACCAGCCCCGAAGCCUGUCAAGACUGAUAUGGGUCCCCCCCGAACGUCCACUCAAUGUUCGGAAGACCAGGAAGCCCCAGACAGAGUCACCAUCAGCAAUGAGAUCGCCGUCAACCGCUUCCAGAUACGUUUCCGCGGCAUCCAACUUCGCAGAUGAACUUACACCCGAGCAACAAGCGGAGCAUGAAACCAGGAAGGCUUCAAAGUCAUCGAACGCCCUACGUGACACCAUCGCCAAGGCCAAGGCAGCUCGAAAGGCAGCCGCAAAGAGUGAUACGAAUGACGAGAAGGAACCUGCACCACAAGUCAAGCCCGCAGAUUCAUGGGGUACCAUUGACGAAGACCCUUUCAAUCAGUUACCCAAGGGCUCCAACCCCGGCGUCAUACGAAAACGCGUGGAAGGUGCUCGUACCUCGGGCACAUUGAAUAUCGCCGCCCUUUCCCUAACAGAGAUCCCCCAGGAGGUGAUCGAUAUGUACGAAUUUGACCCCGACGCAACAAACUGGUUCGAGAAUGUGGACCUGGUCAAAUUCAUCGCAGCAGAUAACGAACUCGCCGAAAUCUCCGAUGCUACAUUCCCAGACGUGGACUCAGAGAAUCUUGACCCAGAGCGGGACGAACGAGCGCCUCAAUUCGGCGGGCUGGAGAGUUUGGAUCUCCAUGGCAAUGUGCUGCAGAGCCUUCCAAUGGGUAUCCGGCAGUUGCGGCAACUGCGCUCUCUCAACCUCUCCAACAACUCCUUUGAUAUGGAGAAGAUCGGAAUUAUUUUCGAGAUCCCGACUUUGGUGGAUUUGAAACUUGCAAAUAACAAGUUGGAAGGAUCCUUGACGGGAGAGAUCGGCCGCCUUAACCAAAUAGAAGCGUUAGACCUCCGCGGUAACGCUCUCACAUCAUUACCAAAGGAACUUGCUCAAUUAACAAACCUCAAGUUGUUGGAUGUUGGCGAAAAUCAGUUGACAUCGUUACCUUUUGCCGCGUUGAGCAAGGUUCCUCUGCGAACGCUCAAUGCACCUAAAAAUGCAUUGCAAGGCACCCUCAUCCCGGAAUCUGUCGACGUUCUUGGAAAUCUGCAGACGCUGAACGUUGCCGGCAACUCAAUCGAAGUAUUUGCUGCCAAUGACAACCUGGCGUUGCCAGAACUGCAGAGUCUCUUCAUCGGUAUAAAUCGCAUUAAAUAUUUACCCCGCAUAUCCGGCUGGCAGUCUUUGGCCGUUCUCUCGGCGGAGGAUAAUGGCCUUGCGGAGCUUCCAGAAGGACUGGUGGGACUUCAGUCACUUAAGAACGUCGAUCUUACCGGAAACAACAUCACUCGACUAGAUGAGAAGAUUGGUCUUUUGGAAGGCUUGACAUCUUUCCGAAUUGCAAACAACCCACUUCGCGAACGCAAAUUGUUGAGCAUGUCUUCGGAUGAAAUUCUUCUGGCAAUGCGCAGUCGUUGUGAGCCCGAUCCCCAAGACACGGACGAUGAAGGGUCUGUCGCGACGCAGUUUACGCUUGCCCCAGAGACGCCGGCGCUGGAGAGUGGCUGGCAGGUGAGAGCCGGUGGUCUUCUAGACAGAUCUUAUUCAGAGAUGACCGAGCUGGAGACCUGGAAACUGGAAAUGAUCGACUUGCAAGAGAUUCGCCGACUUGAAUUGCAGCACAAUGAAAUCUCUCGCUUCCCGGUAUCAGCACUGGAGAUGCUUGCGGAGAAUCUAACCGAGCUUGACCUUUCGCACAAUCCUCUGGACAGCGCCGAGCUGCUGUCUUCACCCCUUGAGCUCCCAAAACUCCAAACACUCAACCUCAGCGCCGCUGGAAUAACAUCCAUUGAAUCUCUCCUGGCCAACCUGAAGGCUCCAGCGCUGAAUGUCCUUGAUGUCUCUAACAAUCGACUGACAGGACCCUUGCCGCAUAUCCGCGAGAUCUUCCCAGAACUAAAGUCCUUCCUGGUCUCAGAUAAUCGGCUCGUUAGUCUGGACUUUGAGGCUGCCCAAGGUCUCCAAGUUCUGGACAUUAGUAACAAUGAUAUUGAAUCGUUGCCACCGAAGAUCGGCCUCUUGGCUGCGGAGCGUUCCCCUCGUAACUGGGGCACUGGCUCAGCGUUGAGACGGUUCGAAGUCGCUGGCAAUCGUUUCCGGGUUCCUCGGUGGCAGGUUGUUGCCAAAGGGACAGAUGCUGUGCUGCAGUAUUUGAAGGAGCAUAUUCCUGCUCAAGACAUGCCUGAAUGGGAAGAGGAUGAUGUCAAUGCUGACGAAUUCUAG